AUGGGAAUCACUAAUGUUCUUUGCCAAGCACUGCAACAACAAUCUCAAGAUAUUCUUAAUGCAAUGCAUGUUGUUUCUACAUCAAAAUUACUUCUUCAACAAUUAAGAGAUGGUGGAUGGUGCAAUUUUCUUGCAAAUGUUAAAGAUUUUUAUGAAAAACAUGAAAUUGAAGUCCCUAAUAUGAGUGCACAAUAUGUUUUUGGAAGAGGUCGAUCUCGUCAACCAAGUGUGACAGUUGAGCAUCAUUAUCGAAUAGAUGUAUUCUUGGCAACAAUUGACUCUCAAAUACAAGAGUUGAAUAGUAGAUUUAAUGAGCAAACAAUAGAGCUUUUGACUUUGAGUUGUGCUUUGGAUCCUAAGGACAAUUUCAAAUCAUUUAAUAUUGAAGAAAUCAGCAAGUUAGCAGAGAAGUUUUAUCCCCUUGACUUUCCUUCUAAUGAGCUAAAUAUUUUGAAAUCUCAGUUGCAACAUUAUCAGCAUGAUAUACCAAAUCAUUUGAAAGGUAUUGGUACACUUUCUGAAUUGUGCAACAAGUUGAAAGAAACGGGAAAAUCAAGAACUUAUCACAUGGUUGAUAGAUUAAUACGUCUUGUUUUGACUCUACCAGUGUCUACAGCAACAACAGAAAGAGCUUUUUCAGCAAUGAAAAUUGUUAAGACAAGACUCCGAAGUAAGAUGGCUGAUGAAUUUCUUGCAGACAAUUUGGUCAUCUAUAUAGAAAAAGAAUUAGCAGCUAUUUUCGACACAAAUUCAAUUAUAGAUGAUUUUGAAAAUAGAAAAAAACGUCGAAUAGCCUUUUCAUGA